AUGCCUGAUGAGGUUAACGGAGUUCUUCAGGUGGGAAUCACGGAUGAUCUAGAGCCAGAGAGGAGUUUAGCCAAUAACUUAGCCAAACGAUCAUCCGAUGACUUCUAUUUUUAUGCUAUGCGGAAGAUCACAACAGUUUUAACAUGUUUAACAUUCUGUGUUACCCCGAAGCUUCCUGCAAACGCUCAGGAUGCAAGCAACUUGAUUCGGCCUCGAGACCGCCUGAAGGCCGGCACGCAACGGACGUCGGCGGCCGCACUUGUCGACGGGGUGGGCGACCAUCUAGAUGAAGAAUACCCAAAAGUCGUGCACAUCACUGUCCUAUCAAGUCGUAGACAAGUUGCCAUAAUUAUUGAUGGUCAUGAGAUCGUGAACGUAUCCAGUCAUAAAGCUGAAGACGAAACCAAAGGUUCAGGUUUAUAUUUCGUGCUUCUCGACCAAUAUGAUGGCCAUGUGAUCAUGUCCAGGGUUUUUGAUCUACAUAAUUUUGGAAACAAUCUCCAAGUUCCCCCUGUCCUUACGGCGCUCGCCAGCGGCAGGAUUAUGAUCUUUGCCAUGAAGACAGAAGCUUCUCUUAACAUGGGUAACAUUAUUCGGAAGUUACUCUUCUCCCUGGGCAGCACGAAGGUUCACAUGGUGCCCUUUCGGGACUACAUGGUCUGGGUGGCGACUGUCCAUGGGCGUACGUGGGCGGAGGCCAUCAUCGACGAUACACCCGGCGAGGACGGCUACUACGGCGCGCCCGUCAUGGUGGACGUGGCCAUCCCGCUCAGCUCCCUCGGGCCGUGCUGGGACGUGCGCGAGGGGAGCGAGGCGGAACGAUGGAGCUUUUGCAGGAGGUUCGGGGGAUAUGGAGGCCUGUGCGAGUGUGAUCGGCCGGCCCCUCUGCGCUACCCAACGCUUGCGCUGGCUGACAGCGCGAUCAACGACGUCCCUCUUGGCAUUAUCGCCAGCGCCCGACCACAGGCUCUGUAUAGAUGUCUCCUGACUGUGUUAAGACAACCAGGAGGUUCACUGGAUCGAAUUCUUGUACUUCUGGAUGGAUACAAUGAGGAAACAAUAGCCUUGCUGGAUCUGCUACGGACAGCGUGGCUGUUGGACGCGGACCCGACGCUCUUCUGCGUGAGCGCCUGGAACGACCUGGGAGCGCUCCAUACGGCCAGGCACGCCGACCGGCUGUAUCGGGUUGAAACCCAUGCCGGUUACGGGUGGAUGAUCACCCGUAGGAUGCUCGAAGAAAUAUACCCGCAGUGGAAGAAAGCGGACAAGGAGCACGACUGGGACGUCUGGCUGCGCAGCACCGAGAUCCGCGCUGGGCGGGAGUGCGUGGUGCCCGACGUGUCCCGCACCUACCACAACGGCGUGGCGGGAGCGCACGUCAACGGCAUCCUGACCCAAUCGCAGUUCGCGGGCCACGCCGUCACCGCCGACGCCAACAUCCGCCUGAAGGACGUCGAGAAGGUGACAAUGCUUGAAUAUGAAGAAUAUAUUUAUGACAUAUUAGAGGGUGACAACGUAUACUUUCUAAAUACGACACGUCAUCCUUGCAGCAGAGGCUAUCUGCCUAGGAAUUUCACGGAUGGACCGGUCGUUAUUUUCAUUACCAUGGAAAGCAAUGAACAGCACGGAACCUGGACGAAGAUUGCCGGUUGCCUCGGGAUUUGGCAUUUGGACACUCGCUCGCAUCACAGAGGCCUCUUCCGUCUCUCGUACUAUGAAACAGAACUUUUUAUUAUAGGUUACCCUUUCAGUGACUAUAGUUACCUGAAGCCAGGGUGGAUACGUGUCAUGCAGGAAGCGGACGAAAAAGAAGAAAACCUAGUAAUGGAGAGGACUCUGGACAAUCGCCUGUGGUUCCGGCGACCCGAACUGGAGCUGUUUUCGCCCUUCCUUCUGCUGCAGCGGAGCACGCCGGAGCCUGCUAUGGGAUGA